AUGUCGUCGAUAAAAUCACCCUUGUCUCAAAAUCUCAAGAUCGCUCUUAUCCAGAUAAAAGCAGGACCCAGCAAGGUCGACAACUUGCGCCAUGUCUCGUCUUACAUUGAUCAGGCUGUUGCUCGUGCUCCCAGUAAACUUGAUCUCGUCAUGUUACCAGAGUGCUUCAAUUCCCCCUAUGCUGUGGACAAAUUCAGAGAAUACGCUGAAAACAUUCCAAAUGGGCAAACCACUGGAUUUCUCACAGAUCUAGCUAAACAGCACGGGAUAUACAUAGUCGGUGGAUCUAUCCCUGAGCUCGACGAUGCAGACAACAACGUGUACAACACUUCUUUGACAAUUGAUCCUAAGGGCAACAUCAUUGCCAAACAUCGCAAGACUCACUUGUUUGACAUUGACAUCCCUGGUGGAAUCACAUUCAAGGAAAGUGAAACCUUGACUGGGGGUGACAAAGGUACUGUCUUCAAGCUUGGAAGCUUUGGGAACGUCGGACUUGGAAUCUGCUACGACAUCAGAUUCCCUGAAUUGGCCAUGGCUGCCUCAAGACAACCCAAUAACGCUUUUGCUAUGUUCUACCCAGGUGCCUUUAACACUACAACGGGACCUUUGCACUGGCACUUGCUCGCAAGAGCAAGAGCAGUAGACAAUGAGAUGUUCACUGUGUUAUGUAGCCCUGCCCGAGAUGUUGGAGGAGAUGGAUACCAAGCAUAUGGUCAUUCACUUGUCGUUGAUCCGUUCGGAAAAAUUGUAGCAGAAGCAGGUGAAGGGGAAGAGAUCUUAUAUGCUGAGCUCGACAAGGAAUUGUUACCUAAAGCCAGGAGCUCGAUUCCUGUUCACUUCCAGAGACGCUUCGAUGUGUAUGAUGAUGUCAGCAAGAAUGCCAAAUUGAGCGAUAAAUAG